AGCCGUUCUGCAUUUGUGGCGAUUCAUUGCACUGCUUCCUCAAAUUGUAUUUAUUCCUUCUUACCCCUGCUCUCUUUGUGCACAGUUUGUUCUUGCAAUUCAAAUUCAUAGCCUUUCCACGCUUUGUCGAGGAGCGACGUUCAAUUGCAGCUUGUGAAAUCAGAAAAACAAUGGUCGAGUUUAAGGAGCCCGAGAUGAAGGCGACCGCGCAGGAGAUGAGCGAGGCACGCCUGCCGCUGCGCUACCGUGACUACUGCGCGCACUUGCUGAUCCCGCUCAACAAGUGCCGUCACAAAACAGCGUACCUGCCGUGGAAGUGCGAGGAGGAGAGGCACGCCUACGAGAAGUGCGAGUACGAGGACUUUAUGCGCCGCUCAAAGAUGCUGGCCCAGAUCAAGCAGGAGAACAAGCAAUAAGGCAGCUUCUUAGAAUAU